ACUCUCACAUACACAUUCUCCGUCCGCUCCCCUUCAUAUAUACCACAAACAUAUACAAUCGUUUUAUUGUCAUGGCAAAAAAGUGCGUGGUGGCGAGACAAUCCUUGAAUGGAGCAACUAUCAGAAGAAGUGCCAAUGACAUGAAAAUAAAUGUCCUAUUUGCUUUUUGAAAUACCAAACUUGCGAAAAGACUUCGAAAAAAAAUUUAAAACCUAAAUCGAUAUUUUGAGAUUAAAUGUGAAACUGAUAAAACUUCGUAGCUCUUACAAAUGCCGUCACUCAAAAAUGUUUCUCUAACUUUUACUGAAUAACACCCUUACCCAAACAUUACAAAUGACUGUUGGAAAUUUGCUAAUCAAUCAAUUUUUCUACAUUUUUGGAAAAAAACUGUUCGAAAAAAGAUUCUUUGCUUUCGUUUCAACAUGGGGUAUCUGGAAGUCAUGGGUGAAAGCUCGGGAAGAAGUUGGUGCCAAGUUCCGAGUGUUGUACAUUUUAAUUGUAUGCUCAACUUAA